CGGGCACGUUGGAACAAUUCCAUUGGAGCGGAGAAACAUCAAAGGCGCCGCUCUUAAGAAACUUCAAACGAAAAACGCCGCCCGGCGUACUCCAGUACGGGGUAACGGUCGGCAGGGACGGAUCAGAGGCGAAAUUUGGUCGAAUCUACGUGAUGACCACCACUCCGCGGCAGAGUUGUUGUCGGAGAUGUGACUGACAACGGAGCAGUGGUCUGUAAACUGAUUAACGAUGACUGAUAGACUACGGAUAUUUUCCUAAAUGUGACACUUAUCCACCAAAAGCCCAUGAUUGAGAAGAAAAAGCGAGUUCGUCUUUGUAAAGUCGCCUUGCUUAUCGUCAACAUUGCCCUCAUGAUCGCGUUUGUAGCGCUUGUGUUUUCUUUAACGUGGACGUUCACUGUUCCAAGUCACGUGACUGAAUUCAAUGGUUCUGACGUCACAGCUGAUGAACAAAAAGGGAACAUCACUCGUGGGGCCCAGGCGGUCCAGCCACAGGAAAAAGAAACUGUACAUAUGCUGAAUGAUGCAGACAUUGUCGAAGAAAAGGGUUUGAAUGAAGUUCAUAACAACAAGGUCAAACAUACGAACAAAAGACGUCCAAAUAAAAUACGGAAUCGGAAUUACAUUAAAGGCCCAAACAGGAGAAGGUCCAGGAAGGUUGCCACCAGAAGACCAGCCAGCAAUACUGAAACAGUGUUGUCAAACAAUAAGGACAAUUUUAUUUCCAAAAAUAAGAAAAGAAAUAUUUUUGGACUUCGCAAAAGGAAAACAAAAACAAUUAACGGAAAAGAAACUGAGGUUGAGACUAUAUCAAUAAAUGAAAGUGGUGGAGAUGUUCUUAGCGAAGGGAACAAGUUUCGACUUGGAUUCAGUUACAAUGGGAACAGAGAACCAUCCAAAAGGGGCAGCCGUUCGCCCUGGAGCAAGUGGAACUCCUGCAGCACGGACUGUGGGUUGGGGCAGCAGGAAAGGGUGCGCAGCUGUGGUGACAACUGUCAGGAGAUCGAAUCCAAGCCCUGUCUCACACAGCCAUGUGAGGGCUCAGAGAUGACAGACAAGUGGGCCUACUUCGAGAUGUUUGACCUUACGGAGACGGAGGUCACGUCAGAGUCCGGCGAUGCCUGCGAACGCUGGAUGAAAUGUAGCAACAAGUCAAUCCAGCAUUACCUGGCCAACAUCGCCAAGCUGCCAAGCUGCCCCUGUUUCUACCCACUCAGCAUCGCCAUAGACAACAACAUCUUCGACAGCGACCAGCAAAAAAACUUCGCCUGGAAGGACGCAAGCGGGCCUGUUGAGAGGAAUGAGGUGUACAGACCCGGGGCCAAGUUCUGUAUUCGAUCAACACUUCCGGCGCAUUCCGUCACCCUGGCUGCACAACACUGUUGCUAUGACGGCCAGCUAAGACUGAUAACUCGUGGCAGAGAUGCGGGGACACCAAAUCUCGUCAGUCCUCAGCUAUCGCGUGAACUGCAUAAAAAAGUUGAUCUCCUUCCUUGGAUCCUCUGCAAAGGCGAUUGGACAAGGUACAACAGGGUGGUGCAGCCCAACAACCACCGCCAGUGCAUGGCCAAUCCGUGUGUGGGGGAGACACAGAGGCAGAUCGACCUGGCUAGAUCCUACUGAGUCACCAUCUCUCAUUGGUUCCAUAUUGAAUAUGCCAUAUGUUGACAAGUACUGAACCUAGCCCUGCAUUGCCCGUGGUCGUAAUCCAGACCUGUACACCAGGCUCUGCUGCCGCUGGAAGAGCGGAGUGGCGUUUUGGGGGGCAGUGACUUCGUCGUCGCUGUCAGGGACAGUCGUUGUCUGGUGGUUCGGACGUUUGUUUAAUGACGUUCGUGGUUGACAUGUGUAUGUAGUGCAUUACUAGACAUUGGUUUGUGAUGAGUUGUCUAGAUGGACUACGUCAUGACAAAUUGGCUGGAUAUAAAUAGUCACGAACAAAUGAUUUAUGUAACAACACUGUUGCUAUGACAAAGUGUCAGGAUGUAUGCCCUAAAUUUGUAUGGUAACCUGACUAGAUUAUCCAUGACAAACAGGCUAGAUGGCUACACGGAAUCAUUGAGGCGCCCAGGGUGGUCACACUGCUAACGUGUGAGGUUACAGCACCAUUGUGGAGACGGACGCUAGGUCGCCGGUGCAAUGUGUAAAGGAACAUAUCUGACUGAGAUAUCGCGAGUGGCAUAUACAUGGAUCGGUAAGGAUGGUCGUGCUGCAGGGAAACUGUUUAACAAAGCAAGUGUGCUUAAAAGCUGCAGCUGCGUUUGAUGAUGAGCAGUCUCGUCACACCGUUUGUAUAUUUUCCAGGGGCGGUGGGGUAACCUAGUGGUUAACGUGUUGGCUCGUCACGCCGAAGACCCGGGUUCGAAUCCCCACGUGGGUACAAUGUGUGAAGCCCAUUUCUGGUGUCCCCCGCCGUGAUGUUGC